CCAGUCCGGCACCCGUAGAGUUACCGUAAACCUAGACGUGUACUUGCAGCAUUGUUAUGUAGUUUCACCAGAAUCGGGAAAAGCGAGUGUUUACAACUUCACUCAGAACUCAGCGAUAGUGUUACUCAUCCGACUCACUUUUAAUCCUUACUAAUGUGUUCGUGGCAUAAUGUCGUCAGAUUUAAUGUUAGAUUUCGUAAAUCCAUCGAUAUUGAAUAAGGAAGCGGGGGAUAUGUCCAUCGAUCAGGAUGGAGAGUGGGAUAUCAGUUUGUUUGAUGAGCUGGAAGAUCUUGGGGAUGCUGAUGAGCUUCUGGACGCUCUGGUGGAAAGUGUAGGCUAUGACACCUCUGUCCCUGACCUGAACUUUGACAUUGAGCCCCCAGCGUGGAACUCAGAUGGCUGGAAAAACAGUAGCCCUCGAUCAGAUGGUGAUUUAACUGUGGACUCGCUGUCACCAAACCACACACUCAGUUCAGUGUCCUCACCAGCGUCAGUGGAGCCCCACUCACCGUGCUCCACACAUGAUGAGGCACUGUCUCCAGUCUCGUGGCAUUCUCAGCCCUCUCCGCUGUCUGUCUGCUCUGACUCAAGUGGCUUUGCUGAGGCGCCUGCUGAGACGAAGCCUUCCAAGAGGACCAGUCAGUCAAAAGCAAAGCCUCUCCAGCCAGCGAAGAGGCCCAUUCAGUUUAGCCCCAAGGUUUCCAUUCAGCCUAAACCGCUUAUUACCACGGUACCCAUCACACAUGCUGCGGCCCCCCAUCUUCAGACUAAGACCAUCAUCAUCCAGCCUCUUCGGACUACAGUUCUGCCUGUAGUAAAACCUCCACCGGUCACCAUUCAACAAGCACCCCCUACAGGUCAGCGAAUGCUGCUGUCUCAGCCUACGCGGGUUGUCCAGCUUCAGACGCCUCAGGCGGUGCCCACACAUAUAGUCACAGUGCCAACACUGGCUCAGGACCGAACCGUCUCUGUUGUUGCACCAGUAACAGCAUCUCCUGUGGUUGCCAUGACACUGCCGAAUUCGACCCCUGAGGAUGAUUCAAGUGUGUCUCGGAGACAGCAGCGCAUGAUAAAGAACAGAGAGUCUGCUUCUCUCUCCCGGAAGAAGAAAAAGGAGUAUUUGUUGACGCUGGAGGCCCGUCUGAAGGCGGCGCUGUCAGAGAACGAGAAGCUGAAGAAUGAAAAUGGCACAUUGAAAAGACAAGUUGAAGGCCUGAUGAGUGAGAACUCUGUGUUGAAAGCAACUGCGCCGAAACGGAGAGCUGUGUGUCUUAUGGCGGUCAUGGUCUUCUUGGUCUUUAACUUGGGUCCAAUGAGUCUGCUUGGAGGAGACAGAGGGUCUACGUUUCCUGCUGCCCCUGCGUUCAGUGGCAGACACCUGCUGGGCUUUUCCCCAGAGUCGGAGAGAAACUUGGAGACAGACAGUCCUCAGACCGAUCCCUCUAACCCUGUGAACAGGUUAGAGGAUGCGGUAUCGGAGCAGAAGGCACUGAUGGUGGUGAAGGAUCCUCUGUAUUUCAGAACUCCUCCACCCUGCCAGCCACCUGUAAACCGGACCAAGUGCAUGAAGAUAGCGCAUGAGCUGAGGGGCUGGGUACAUCGUCACGAGGUUGAACAGACCAAAACUCGGCGCAUGAGCAACACUCAACUCAGAGACCGAACCAUCCUGAAAGCAGCUGAUAAACGGGAUGAAGUACCACAGAUCAUGACACAGAUCCAGUACACGGAUUCCUCUGAAAAGACUCCCAGCAGUGAGCUGCAGGUGUAUUACGCCCCUCACCGCACCUACAAUGACUUCUUUGAUGAACUCCACAGAAGAGGGGACACAUUCUACGUGAUCUCUUUCCGCCGGGAUCACCUCCUCCUUCCCGCCACCAACCACAACAAAGGCAGCCGCCCUAAGAUGUCUGUGGUUCUGCCAGCUAUGAAUUACAAUGAGAGCAUCAUUAAAGACAAAGAGUUUGAGGUGAUGAUGCAGAUCGACUGUGAGGUCAUGGACACCAGGAUACUCCACAUCAAGUCGUCUACCAUUCCACCCAUCCUUCGGGUCAAUCAGACAGACUCUUUAUAUCACGCGGCCCCCAACAACAACCAACCUGCGGCCCCCGUCGGUGUCCUCAUGGGGUCAUCUUAGUCUCAGCUAUCUAGCUUAUCAAUCUCAUUUUGUUUUGAAUUACCUGUUUUUUCACCAUCAUCUAGUUUGUUACAUAAUUAGCAUUUUGUUUUCAUUUUUGUGUCUCUUCUCUUCCUCGAGUGGCCAACCAGGGUCUUAGUAAUCAAUAACAAAUCACCAAGAUAUUCAGCAAUAGUUGAGAAUUUCUCUUUAGGGCACCUUUUCCAAAUGCAUCUAGAAAGCCAUUCAAUAUUGAUGAGCCAUUCAGUUCAUAUUACGGUCUCAUUCCAGGCUAUUGACUUCACUAACUAUUGGCAUUUACAUUUAUGUUCACUUUAUGCAAAGUGACUUCAAGCGUGUUCAAAUUUCUUUGCGCUCUUCCAGCUAAACUACAGGGGCAUUCAUUAUCCAAAUCUUCCAAACCAAAGUGCGAUCUGGCUCGAUUAUUGUACCCUUUUCUGCUGUAUGUGGUAGCUGUCAGGGAGUUGUUUUUUGUCUUUUUUGUUUGUACUGUGCUUGUUUUGUUUAUAAAAUGAAUUCAAAUGAAUAUUUAUAAAGGUUUAAUAUUUACACAUUUAAUGGUCAUAUUCAGCUAUAUACAACACUGUCCUCAAACAAACUGCAUUGCCAGUGAGUUUUGUUUUUGUUUGGCAUUUUUUUUUAUCGAAUAGAAAAGUAGGAAGAUGGAUUACUUACACUUGAGUCAGUGUAAUUGACUUUCCAUUGCUGUAAAUACAUCCAUUCCAGUACUGUAAAUGUACUUCCAAAAAUAUAUAUUUGAAAGUAUUUGGAUAAUACUUCUACUAUAUACUUGGUCUUUGAAGGGUAAUCAUUUUAGACUAAUUCUAAUUGGAAUAGCAGUUUGGGUUUGGGGGUCUUCUUCAACAUCUGUCAGUUAAUUUUAAUGUAUUUCAUGCCUUUUGUGUUUUUCUUAGUGGCUUAAUUGCACUUUAAAUGAAGUGUGCUUGACAUAAAUACAGUUGUUAACAAAACUGGCUGUUAAUUUGAAGUUGUAGACUAGACUCAGAUUAUUAAUGUUACUUUGUAUGUACCUCAUCUGUCCUUUGUUCACAGUGUAUUUGUCUCUCUUAUUCUAGUGUAUUUAGACGUGCACUUGUUUCUUGUCCUGUUUAGGAAGCCGUAGCCAGUUAUCAUUCGAAAGCAAUGUGAUUAUUAGCUUUUACUUUCCAAUCUGUCGUCACUUUCACUGAAUAAAAAAAAAAAAAAAAAAAUUUAUUUAAUUUCAGUUUAUAAACUCAACUCAGGUGAAGCUUUCAUCUCAAAAUGGAGAUGAUAUAUUAGUAUUUAGUGAGAAAAUUUAACAUUUUUGUCCUUAGCAUUGCGGUAAAAAUGUUUCAUUAUUUUUCAACAAAUCCCUUUUUCCUCUCUGGCAGCAUUUUUAUUUUUUAUAUAUUUAAUUUUUUCAAUUUUGGAAAGAUUUUUUUUUUUAUUUGUUCACACAGUGAUGGCAAUGAAAGCUAUUUUGUAACAAUGCAAAGAAAUAAACACUGGACUCAAGUUUG